AUGGGGAAAAGCUGUAAGGUGGUGUUAUGCGGUCAGCAUUCAGUAGGUAAAACUUCCAUUUUGGAGCAGCUGUUGUAUGGAAACCAUGUGGUAGGAUCAGACAUGAUGGAAACCCAGGAAGAUAUAUACAUUGGGUCCAUUGAGACAGACCGCGGUGUACGGGAGCAGGUUCGCUUUUAUGACACGCGAGGAUUGAGAGAUGGGUCUGAGCUCCCCAAACAUUGCUUCUCAGGGACCGAUGGCUAUGUGCUGGUGUGUACAGUGUGGACAAUAAGGACUCCUUCAAAAGGGUAGAAGCUCUGAAGAAGGAGAUCGACAGAUGCAAGGAUAAGAAGGAGGUCACCAUUGUGGUUUUGGGGAACAAGUGUGAUCUUCAGGAGCAGAGAAGGGUGGACCAUGACGCAGCUCAGCAGUGGGCCAAGGGCGAGAGGUGAAAUUGUGGGAGGUCUCAGUGAGUGAGAGGCGCACCCUGAUUGAACCAUUUGUGUUCUUAGCUAGCAAAAUGACACAGCCCCAGAACAAGUCUGCCUUCCCACUCAGCCGGCGGAACAAAGGCAGCGGCUCUCUGGACAGCUAG